AUCCGUCAUCCUCCCUCCUCAGCGACGGGGGUUGGUUGAGAGUCCGCGCGGCGGAGAGCGAGCAACUGACAGGCAGCAGCAGCGCGUCAAGGGGAAGAUGGAGCAGCACACAAGCGCAGUGGACUUCAACAUCUUGUUAGCUACUGACUCCUACAAGGUCACACAUUACAAACAGUACCCACCCAACACCAGCAAGGUGUACUCUUACUUUGAGUGCCGUGAGAAGAAGACAGAACCUACCAAGCUCAGAAAAGUCAAAUAUGACAAAACGGUCUUCUAUGGGCUUCAGUACAUUCUCCACAGAUAUUUAAAAGGACAGGUCGUCACACGAGAGAAGAUUCAGGAAGCAAAAGAGGUGUACCGGGAACACUUUCAGGAUGACGUGUUCAAUGAAAAAGGAUGGAAUUACAUUUUGGAGAAAUACAACGGUCACCUGCCCAUCGAGAUCAAGGCUGUGCCGGAGGGAAGCGUUAUUCCACGUGGGAAUGUGCUGUUCACUGUAGAAAGCACAGAUCCGGAGUGCUACUGGCUCACUAACUGGGUAGAGACUAUCCUGGUUCAGACCUGGUAUCCCAUCACCGUCGCGACAAACUCAAGAGAACAGAAGAAGAUUCUGGCCAAAUACCUCAUGGAAACGUCAGGAAGCCUGGAAGGACUGGAAUAUAAACUGCAUGACUUCGGCUACAGAGGGGUUUCAUCGCAAGAGACGGCUGGUAUCGGCGCAUCUGCACACUUGGUAAACUUCAAAGGAACAGACACCGUGGCCGGGAUCGGUGUAAUCAAAAAGUACUACGGCACCAAAGACCCGGUUCCUGGUUUCUCAGUACCAGCUGCAGAACACAGCACAAUCACUGCGUGGGGAAAGGACCAUGAGAAGGAUGCUUUUGAACAUAUUAUCAAGCAGUUCCCGUCUGUCCCCGUGUCUAUCGUCAGCGACAGCUACGACAUCUACAACGCCUGUGAGAAGAUCUGGGGUGAGGACCUGAGAGGUCUGAUCGAGAUGAGGAGCGCAGACGCCCCACUGUUGGUCCGACCGGAUUCAGGAAACCCUCUAGACACGGUGCUAAAGGUUCUAGAAAUUUUAGGAAAGAAAUUUCAUCCAGUUGAGAACUCUAAAGGCUAUAAGGUUCUUCCACCCUACAUCAGAGUCAUUCAGGGUGACGGUGUGGACAUCAAUACUUUACAGCAGAUUGUGGAGGGCAUGAAAGAGCACAGAUGGAGCAUCGAGAACAUCGCGUUUGGCUCAGGAGGAGCUUUGCUGCAGAAACUGACCCGAGAUCUGCUCAACUGCUGUUUUAAGUGCAGUUAUGUGGUGACGAACGGACUGGGCGUAAACGUCUUCAAAGACCCUGUUGCAGACCCCAACAAAAGGUCAAAGAAGGGUCGGCUUUCUCUUCACAGGACGCCAAGUGGAGAAUUCGUUACUCUGGAAGAGGGGAAGGGUGAUCUGGAGGAAUACGGAGAGGACUUGCUGCACACUGUGUUCAGGAACGGGAAGAUUGUAAAGACGUACACCUUCGAUGAGGUCAGAGACAAUGCCAAGCUGAAGGAGAGCGAAUUGGAGGAUCUGCUGCUCUGAGAGUGUUUCCCAUCAGCCCUCUCUCUGCCCACACCCACCCGAGAGAACCUGCGUCCCGACAGACGUGAGGACACACAGUUACCCAAACGUUCAGUGUACAGAGCUGUUCUAUGUUUCUGUCUACUGACUCCGUUACGCUUCAGUGUCUCUUUCUAACGGCGGAUGAGUGCAGUUAUCAUGCUAUUUAAAUAAUUUAACUGUGUAUUUGACCAAGUGUGCUAUUGAUCACACGUCUUUGCAGGAAUGGAGACGUUUAUGUGUGCGUAUACCGCGAGAAGAUUUCGCAUUGCCUGACUGUAGGACUGAAAGGUAAUCGUUCUGUGUUUGUUGAAUGUGAAUGUUGUGUGUAGGGCUUAUCACUUUAUCAAAGGAUUGAUCUAUUCCUUUAUGCAAAGGAGACGGCUGAACUAGAGGGAUACUUUCGUUGGCCUUGUGUUUAUUUUCUGUUAUUUCUGGAUUUAUUUGAAAGAUGAAACCUAAAAGAGCAUGUUUAGGUCGCAUUUCACUCUAAAAUCAAGAGGAAAAAAUGAAAGAAAUUAGCAUUUUUACAUUAUUUCCAUGAUAUUUAAGCAUAGUUUACCACCAAUUCCCAUUACUAUAUUGUGUCCAGAUGUUUUACCUUUAUUUUUACUGUAAUUCUUGACAUUCUCAAUGGUGAUUCUCAUUAAUCAUUCUCUGAAAAUGUUAAAUACAGUAAUUUUGAAAAUUUAAAAAUGGGCAAAAAUUAAGCAUAAAUUAAAGG